AUGGCAGCAGGCGGUGAUGGGGGACAGCAGAUGGAUUUGCAGCAGCUUGGGACAGUUCUCCAACAGAUCCUGGCGGAACAACAACAGCAGAGAACGAGGUUGGAUGAUCUUGGACAGGCCGUCCAAGGAACUGGUGUUGCGGUGCAGACCACACAGCAGACUACUAGUACUGAGCAGAUUGUGCAGCAGGUGGUGCAACAAGUCCAAGCUGGAUUUGCUCAGGGACAACAGACCAAUCAGGAUCAGAUGCAACAAGUGGCUCAAUCGCAUUUGGACACCCAGAACCAGAUCGCGCAGUUGGCUCAGACGAUGACUGGGCUUCAGACACAGCUGCAACAAGCGGUUUCUGCAGAUCAGUUUCAACAGAUUGGAGCUGCAGUUCAGGGCAUUCAGACACAGAUGCAACACAUGCAGCAAGGCGUCUCAGGUCAUGGUGGAGUGGCGACAGGUGGUCCUGCCGGUGUGACUGCAACCGGAGGACCUGGUGUGAAUGGUCCGGCUCCAUCGACACCAGUGGCUGGACAAAGUAUUCCAAGCUUCCCGAUUGGGACACCACCACCGGCGGGGACCGGGGCUGUACCUGGGGCCGGGGCUGUACCUGGUUUGAAUCCGAUGUAUGGUGGUAGUGGUGCAACUGGGUCACAACAAUAUAGUGCAGCGGUUGCCUAUGCAAUACAACAGGGUGGCAUUGAUGGCAGAGCAAUUGGGAAGCCGACAACAUACGAUCCUACAAGUUCGAAGCUGAGUUUUCAGGAUUGGACGGACAGCAUCAUUACGCUGUGUGAUUCAACGAUGCCUGGAAUCUACGAAGUUUUGGAAUGGAUCGUGAACUCUCAGCCCAAGACACCCUUGGAUGUCAACGCCUUGAAGCUCAAGUUCCACCACUUGGACCCACUCUUGCUGGAUUAUGCAGAGAGCAAUGUGUAUGCCAUUCUGACGACGUACACUGGUGCACAUGGUGAGGCUCGGAGUUUGGUUCGUCAAGCUCGACGACCGAAUGGAGCUGAGGCUUUCAGAUUGCUGCAGGUGAGGUUCAACCCGGCUACAUUGGGCAGACAGAGGGCGAGCCUGAUUCGGAUCACUAAUCCGACGGGGCAUGUGGCCAUUGACAAGUUGGCCAGUGAGAUCGUGAGCUGGGAGAAUCGCAUCGUCGACUAUGAGUCGAGGCCUGGAGCAGACAAGGUGAGUGACAGCAUGAGGAUGGCGGCACUGAUUCACAUGUGCCCAGCUAAGCUGCAGGAGCAUUUACAGCUGAACGCCGUGAGAUUCACGACCUACCUGGUUGGUCAUCUCAAAGAACAGUGUUGGCACAAGUCAAUCAAACCAUUGAAUGCGGUGGACCCUCAGUUGAAAGAGCUGCAGUCUCAAUAUGCUCGUGCGGCCAUGGAGGAGUACCAGCGCAGAACAUCACCAGCUCAACCAUCGACACCUUUGCCGGCGUCUACACCUAUUUCACCAACAUCACCGGGGCAUUCAUCGAUGAGUCCGCCACCUCCAGUGCAGACCGGGAGCCUUGUGAUCAAGAGGCUCUGUGCUUUGAGUCGCCGAGAUCAAUACAUCGCUGAUCGUCUGGAUGAGAUGGGUCGGCGUGCAGCUCAGGGUGACUUCAGACAGUUGGCCUGGAGGAUGAGACAGUUGCGAGUUGGUGGUCGAAGCUUUGUGGUGACCAUUGACAGUGGUGCAGCGGCUUCGGUGUGUCCGCCUGGUGCUUUCCCAGAUGAACAUCACUAUCCUCCAGAUCCCAAUUUGCAGUUUGUUUCGGCCAGUGGAGAUUUGGUGCCGGAACUCUACAAGGUGCGGCCCGUGGUCAUGACGGAAGAGGGCUGUCUGAAGGAGACACAGUUUUCAGUGGCUCAGGUGAACAAGAUCUUGCUGUCAGCUGCCGAGAUCACCAAUCGAGGGCAUGUGAUUGUGCUCACUCCGAAUGGUGAGAACAGCUACAUCUAUGACAUGGAGACAGAGGAGUACAUGAAGAUCUGCCCAAUACUCGCUGCUUUGGAUGAAGCAGCAGAUGACGGACGACAGCAUGAAGAAGUGCCUCAACCGAAGCACCUUCGGUUGGACCACUUUGGUGGAGAGGAUGAGGACGACUAUGAACCUUCCCUGGGGCCAGAACCUGAGGAGAAGGGUGACUUUGAAUUGGAUGCUCAAGAUGAGCGGCAUGAAGAGUAUGAGGAGGACGGCAUUCGUUUGGGAUUGCAAGGUUUGGACAAGGCCAGAGAUGUUCGCCCACGGAUCUUCAUGGACUAUUUUUACUUGGGCCGCAAAGAGGAGCCGAAUGAAGCUUUGCCACUUUUGGCAAUCCUGGACCAGGCAACUCAGAGGGUGUUUUCAGUGAGCCUUCCCAUGAAAGGCCUGGGGCAUCAAUACAAUGCGGCAGUGGUGACCAAGUUGAUCAAGAUCUUGGGUCAUCAGCACUCAGUCCUGAAGACCGACACGGAGAGGUCCCUGGUGGCUUUGCGGACGGCAGUUCAACAACAGCUGCCGAAUUUGAGCUUUGAAGAUGCCACCAAGGGCGAGUCUCAGACCAAUGGGCCAAUUGAAUCUGCGGUUGGAAGAUUGCAAGCGCAAGCGCGCACUUUGAAGAGCGCUUUGGAAUUCAACUAUGAGCUGGCCAUUCCACCUCGGCAUCCCAUUUUGUGCUGGCUGGUGGAUUACUGUGGAACCUUGCUUUCCCGAUUUCAACGUGGAGCUGAUGGUCGGACACCGUACGAAAGGUCCACAGGGAAAGCUUGGAAGAUCAAGCUGCCAGAGUUUGGUGAGUGCAUCCUCUAUCAGCCCCUCAAGGGUGAGCGUGAGAGAGGAAAACUGGAGGCCAAGUUCGAGAAAGGCAUCUACUUGGGCAUCCAGGAGGGCACCGGCAUGAGAUGGGUUGGAACACCCAAUGGUGUGGUUCGAACAUGGACUACAAAGACUCUGGCGGAGGAGGACAAGUGGCAAGCGGAGGUCUUUGAGAGCUUCGUGGGCUUGCCGUGGCAAUUGAAGAUGCCGGUGGCGAGAGAGGCUGGCAUGAAGCCCGCGCCAGACUUGGAGUUGGACAUUGAGCUGCCUGGACAACCAGAAGUACCAGCAGUGCAGGUUGAAAAGAAGCAAAAGGGCUACAUACCACGUGGAGUCUACAUCAGAAGAGAUGUAGAGUUGAAACAGUAUGGCUACACUGAUGGAUGUGAUGGGUGCGAUGCUGCAAAACAUGGGCUUUCGCAUCGGCAACAUUCGAGAGCCUGCAAGAAGCGCAUCAGUGAGCAGAUGGCCAAGACGCAAGAGGGUCAACAGAGGUUGGACCGCAUCAAGGAGAGAGAGGAAAAGUUCAUCGUUGCCUAUCAGCAAGCAGAGGAGAAAAAGAAGACCUUGGAUGCAGGUGAUGGCAAGUCUUCCAAGGCCGUCAAGGUUGCACCAGAUUUGGAAGACAUCCUUGGCGACGUGGCAGUUCCUGUUGCCGAUGAUGAUGGUGGUCAAGGGGGCCCUAGCGACAGUCAGCCGAGUGGAGUUGCUGUUCCGGUUCCAGACUCGGACAUGGAGGAUGAGAUUGAGGCUGAUGACGCUGGGGCACACACUGCCGGAGGCGUGGAACCGUGGAGUGUUGGAGGUGAGACAUCCUUCAAGGAGGCAGUGAGAGAGGCCAGUCUCUGCGAGACAGCUGAUAUGAUGAUGGACGAGGAGAUAGAGAGCAGGCGAUUGUUGUUGCAGGUUGGAGCUAUCUCGAGGCGUGAUGCUUACGACUUCGGGAGGCCUGCAAUUGUGGAGUUGUUUUCACCACCUCGAGUGACCGACUACGCCAGACGGAUGCGUGUCGGAGAUGGUGUGGCGAUGGACCUGACUACGAUGGAUGAACAGGGCAGACCUUGGAAUUUUUCUUUGGAAGAUUGCCGACAACGAGCAACAGAGCUGGUGGAGUGGUUGGAUCCCGACCUCUUAAUCGGCAGUCCACCGUGUGGUCCAUAUUCGCAACUACAGGCGCUGAAUGAGAACAAAAUGGACCCGCAGAAGCGGGCAGAGACUCUUGCAGAAGCCGAACAGCACCUGGAAUUUUGUGCCGAGCAGUAUGCCAAAAGACAUGCCCGGCAGAAGUUGUUUUUGCAUGAACACCCGGCAUUGGCGAAAUCCUGGAAAUCAGAGGCCAUUCAACGGGUGGAGAAUUUACCUGGAGUUCUCCGAGUGACUGGUGACAUGUGUGAGCAAGGCAUGGAGUUGGAGGAUGACCAUGGACCUGGCUUAGCAAAGAAGAGCACCACCUACCUGACCAACAGCAAGUUCAUUGCAGAGGAGUUGUCGAAACAAUGCAGCAAUGAGCCUGACGCUUUAGCAGUUUGGCGUCAGACAGCAUACGAUGUGAAGAGGGGUCAGAAAGUUCAACGUGGUGGGCCAGCUUGGUCGUCAGUCAGACGGCGUGUCACUUUGGACUUGGAGAGCGGCAUUUUGCUACAGGAUCUCAAAGAUGUCCACAAUGCGAGUCCACAGGAGUUGAAGUUCAAGUUACCAGAAGGUUGCACAGCAGUGGAGACCAUCUUCUACUUUGUGAGAGCUGGUCGCAAGUGGCAUAGGCACAUACCGCUGAUGGGCGGCAAGGCAAAACAAUGUGAGGUCUAUCCCAACGGCCUUAUCAGAAGCAUUUUGAGAGGUUUGAGAAAACAUUUGAGACAGAAGAUUCCUUUGAGUGCUUUGGAUUUUGGGCCGGUGAACCAAGAGCAAGAUUUGGAUCUUGGGUUGGUGGAAGACUGGGAAACUUUUACAGAUGAAGUUUCGGGCAAGGCUUUGGAGAAGUCUAUGGUGAUGGCAGCCCGGCGUGAGGAGAUUGAGUAUGCCGAGCGCUACAAUGUUUGGACAGUGGUGCCAGUUUCGGAGGCCUAUGAAGUUUCUGGAAAGGCCCCAAUUGGCACUCGAUGGAUCGACAUCAACAAGGGCGAUGUCGAGCGACCUGCUUACAGAUCGAGGCUUGUGGUGCAGGAAGUGCGACAGUCCAACAUCGAGGCAAUCUUUGCAGCGACACCGCCUUUGGAAUCGGUGAGAAUGCUUUUGAGCCUACAACGCACUGGCAAAGAGGUGGACAAGAAGGGCCGUCGGAAGAAGGUCAUGUUCAUUGAUGUGCGGAGGGCUCAUUGGUGUGCCAAAAUCUUUCGGGCAGUGUUUGUUUUGUUGCCAGAAGAAUCUGGUGUUGGCGAUGGCAUGUGCGGCAGGCUGAACAAAGCAAUGUAUGGCUGCCGUGACGCAGCAGCAUGCUGGGAGUUGGAGAUCACAGACUUCUUCACUUGCUGCGGAUUUGCACCGGGACUUGGGAGUCCGGUUCUCUUUUGCAAUCCCUUCAGAGACCUGAAGGUUUCAAUACAUGGAGAUGAUGUGACGGCUUUAGGUUUUGAAGCCGACCUACUUUGGCUGAAGGAGAAGAUGCUGGAGAGGUAUGAGAUCAAAUUUGGAGGGUUGCUGGGACCAGACAGUACAGAUGUGCAAGAUGUUUCAUUGUUGAACAGGUUGAUCCACUAUGGGGAGACCGAGACUACAAUUGAGGCUGAUCCACGACAUGUGCAAAUCGUCAUUGAUGAGCUUGGGCUUCGAGAUGGCAAGUCAGUGGGAACACCUGGAGUGGCGAAAGCAGAUCCGGAUACAACACCACUGAAUGAUUUGGACAAGAAGAGGUUUCGAAGCCUGACUAUGAGAUGCAACUAUUUGGCCUUGGACAGGCCAGACAUCAACUAUGCAGCAAAGGAGUUGGCCAGAGCAAUGCAACAACCUACUGCAGGGGACUGGAGCGGCUUGAAGCGGCUUGCAAGGUUUCUUCUUGGACGACCACGUCUGAUCUGGAGAUACCCGCAGCAGGAGGAGCAGUUGCAGCUCAAAAUUUUCACAGACAGCGAUGACGCUGGUUGCUUGAAGACACGGAAGUCAACAAGCUGUGGAUGCCUUUUUCAUGGUCAACACUUGCUGAAAUUUUACAGGUCAACACAGCAUGUGAUUGCACUUUCCUCAGGAGAAUCAGAGUUCUAUGGGGGAAUCAAGGCUGGAUCUACACUGUUGGGAGCUCUUGCUACAAUGAAAGACUUGGGCAGUGAAUUUGACGGUGUGCUGGUUUUUGAUGCGAGUGCUGCAAAAUCUAUGCUGAGCAGAAGGGGCCAUGGUAAGGCCAAACAUAUCGACAGAUGCUACUUGUGGUUGCAACAACGUGUGCAAGAUGGCGACUUGAAACUUGAGAAAACAGGCACAAAGGUGAACUGUGCCGAUCUGGGUACGAAACACCUGGACAGUGCUCGAGUGGUGGACUUGGUGAACAUGAUGAAUUUGGAGUAUGCAGAUGGCGAACAUCGCCUUGCAUUGCAUUGA